AUGUCUGAUUGUAUUUUUAUUAGUACACUUCCAGAAUAUCUUCUUGAUCGUAAAUUAAUUAUUAACAAUAAUCAUAUUCAUUUUAUCAAUGGAUAUAAAUUAGCUAAAUCAAGUAUUAUUUUUAAAAAUCAACUAAUUAAAUUACGUCAAAUUGAAUUAAAAAAUAAUUCAUUACACUUGAAUAGUUUAUCUAAUUUAAAAUUACAACCAUUUAUUAUUCAUUAUUCAAAUAUUUAUGCAUUAGAAUGUUUAUUAUCAUUUAUACAUUGUAAUGAUGAAACACGUUAUCAAUUAUUAUAUAAUAAUAUUCAAUUAUCAACUAUUUAUUCAUUAUUAAAAGUUGGUUUAUAUUUUCAUAUAUAUGAAUUUAUUAAUUAUUGUCUUGAUAUUAUUCAAUCUAAAUUGAAUAUUGAAAAUUGUUUAAAUUUUUGGAAAAUUUCUAAAAAAAAAUUCUUUUAUAAAAAAAUAUCAAAAUUUUAUAAAAUAAUUUUUAAUUAUUUAUUAAUUCAUUUUAAUGAAAUUAAUAAAACAAAAAAAUUUUUAAAAUUAAAUUUAAUUGAAUUAAAAAUUUUAUUAAAAAAUGAUUUACUUAAUUGUUUAAAUGAAAAAUAUUUAUUUGAUAUUAUUAUAAAAUGGAUUAAUUAUAACAAAAUAGAGCGGGAAUUAUAUAUUUAUGAUUUAUUAACAUGUUUAAGAUUAGGUAGAUUAUCUAAUGAAGAUUUAAAUGAUUUAUCAAAACAUCCAAUAAUACAAAAAAUGUGGAAUUCAUGUAGUCAUUUACUAUUGAUGGCACAUUCUCCUAAUAAAGAAUUAAUACCAUAUCUUGAUGGUUCGUUAACUUCUAGAUUAGAAAAUGAAAUGGAACUUUAUACAUAUCUUCAUAAACCACGUUUUCCUCAUACUGCAAUUUUUGUAAUUGGUGGAUGGGAAGGAAAUGUAGAAUAUUCUUAUCUCGGUCCAUCUAAAGUAAUUCAAGUGUAUAAUUCACGAGCUGAUAGUUGGCGUCGUGAUAAAUUAACUCUUAAUGUUGGUCACGCCUAUUCUGGUUGUGUUUUACAUAAAACACAAAUUUACAUUAUAGGCGGUUAUGUGCCUAGUGGACCAACACAAACUCUUAAAGUUUUUGAAUUAACGAAUCUUAAAUGGAAGAUUUUAUCACCAAUGCAUGAGAAAAGAAAUUAUGUAUGUGCAUGCAGUUUGAACAAUUAUAUAUAUGCUAUCGGUGGACAUAAUGGCAAAAUUCGACUGCGCUCAGUUGAAAGGUAUGAUAUAGAACAAAAACAAUGGUUUUUUGUUUCACCAAUGCACCAAGUUCGUAGUGAUGCUGGAGCUCAUUCAUUUUCAGGGUAUAUAUAUGUUGUUGGAGGUUUCGAUGGUGAUCAUUUUCAUGACUCUGUAGAAAUGUAUGAUCCCCGUACAGAUCAAUGGUCACUAGUAGCUCCAAUGAAUAGUAUUCGAAGCGGUGUUAGUGUUAUUGUAUAUGAUCAUUAUUUGUAUGCCAUCGGUGGUAACGACGGAAGUCAAAGACUACGAACAGUAGAACGAUAUAAUCCGAAUACAAAUCGAUGGCAAAUGAUGCCUUCAAUGAUUCAUAAAAGAAGUAAUUUUUGUGUUACUACAUUAGAUGAAAUGAUAUAUGUUAUUGGAGGUUGGAGUGAUGAAACUAAUUCAACAAUCUCUUCAGUUGAACGAUGGUCUCCAAAUUCUUCUACUCAUUGGGAACCUGUUAGAGAAUUACACAUUCCAGCAAGUGCGAGUUGUUGUUGUACAGUGACUGGAAUAAAUUUAUUAUUAAACUUCAUAUAAAAGUAAAUAGAGUAUUGAAUGUUUAUGUUUAACUAUAAUCUUUUUGCAUUUGCACUUUCUACUCAUACAUACUAGUCCUAAUCAGCUAUCAUAUGUAAUAUAUGACUUGUUACAUACACAAGAUACAUAAACUCUUUGAAAAUCAUCUUUCAUAACUCCAAGUUAAUAUUUUAAGAUUCGAAAUGAUCUUUCAAAUUCAUCAAUCAUAAACAUUUCGUUUAUUACCUAAAUGAAUCACAAAUCAACUCAAGCCCGUUCGUAUAUAUGGAUAAUAAGUUAUGUAUAUCACUUCUUAACAUUAUUUUUUCUUCUUAAUUGAUAUUCAUAGAAAUAGGCAAUCACAAGUUAAUGGACAUAUGAUUGAACAUAAUGAACGAAUUCUUCUCUUUUUUAUUUAAAUGAACUAAUUUAAAUCAAAAUAUAAACAUUCAUAACUUAAAUUAAAUUUAUUUGUUUAUUUAUCUAUAACUAACUCAUCUUAAUAAAUAAUAAUGAAAUAAUGGAAUUAUUCAAUCUCCAUGUUACAAUAGG